AUGACAACCGUCUACCCAAGCCCCAACUCCCCACCCGAGUUGUCGUGUUCAAAAUCGUCCAAGUCCUCCUCCUUUCAUUCCUCUCAGAUUGACGACCCCGACAGUGUCUUCACGGAUAUUGGCAACUUCGAAGAUAUCGGUCUCGAGGAUGACUCUGAACUUCCCAUUGUCGAUCCCGUAACUGCCCCCUAUGGACGUACUUUGACAUCGCGGGCGACCGCAGGCAGGCUGCCCAACAAGAGCCCUGCGACCACAACUCGAGAUCUGACUGCUGCUCCGAAGCCUCGAAAACGAAGCCCUCUUCCACCUCCGCUUCAUCACCAUAUCAAUAGUGCCCUAAGGAGUCCGCAGUCGGCGAGUUCCCUAUCCACUAGAUCCGGGAACAGAAAAGACUCUGGGAGUACGAUCAAUUCAGGAGGUCUGACACCGAUACAACCUCGUCGGUCGCGUUCAACAUCACCGCUACGACCAACAUCCAGUCGAUCCGCCUCGAGUACCAGUUUGGCCCUAUCUCCACUCUCUGCACGGGUCCCCAUGCAGAAACAGACUUGGCAACAAAGCCGCAAGUCGCUAAAGGAACUUGAGGACGAAUAUCACGACUCGGAUGACGAGCUGCCUGACGAUGCCAGUCUAUGGAAUAUCCCCAUCUCUCCACGCCCAGUGCAAGAUCGUCCUCAAUCCCGCGCGCCCAGCCCGAGUGGCCGGAGCCCAGGCCCACGACCAUUGCCUAUUUCUCACACCGUUUCAGAAACUACAAACAAUACAAUCCCACCCAACGGCUCCUCAUCCAAGGCUGCGCGCAUGAGAAGAGCGCAGCGGUCGAGUUCUGCUGGUCCUGAACGCGGCCAGCUCUCGCCACGGAACCCUCGCGCCUAUUCAUACAACAGCUAUCUUUCAGACUUGUCUGAAGAGGCUAAAAUUAUCACCGAGGCUUUGGAGCAUCAUGCGGAUGAACGUGAGCGCCGGCAGGAGGAAAACAUACAGAAUGGCAUUUCUCGGAAAUCAAGCACGGACUCGCCCCGAUCUUCGCAAGAGCCAGUUGAACUGCCGCCUCUACAAAAAUCUAAUAUCAUGAUCGAUCCGUUACCGAUUAGCAAGGAGAAGGAGAAGGUGCUUACUCGUACACGCCCGAGCUGGCUCCCGCCGAAAGAUCAGAAGGAAGAGAAAAAGCACCUGAAGGAAUACAAGCAAAUGAUGGCUCAGUCGCGGGAAGCUGAGAAGCGCAAAGCUGCCCGAGCUGCCUCCGAGCAGUGUGAGAAAGAUACCACCCGGGAUGCCCUUCAAAACAUCUGGAAUGACUUUGUAGGCCCCAACUGGGACCGUGCUCUGCGCGAGCCGCGAACUCGGGAGCUUUGGUGGCGUGGAAUUCCGCCCAGGAAUCGUGGCGCUAUGUGGGAGCGUGCCAUUGGCAAUGAGCUGGAGCUCAGCGUGGAAACUUACAAUAAAGCGUUGCAACGCGCCAGGGAUCUGCGAUCCAAAAAAGAGGAGCCAACUGAGUCUAACAAACGAUUGCUAGACUGCUUUGAGGCCAUUGACAGUGAUGUUGUCAAGGCCUUCCCCGACUUGAACCUUUUCCAGGAGAGAGGCCCAUUACGGGAAAGCCUCAUCGAUGUUCUUCAAGCCUAUUGCAUGUAUCGCAGUGACGUGGGCUAUAUCUAUGGUCUUCACACUAUAGCUGCUCUGCUUGUCUUGCAGUUCCCAACUCCAAGCUCUGCUUUCCUCUCCAUGGCCAAUGCGCUGAACCGGCCAUUGCCUGUUGCCUUCCUCACCUGGGACCGCGGGGCUAUGGCACACACCUAUACCCUGGCAUCCGACACGCUACGGUACAAGUUUGGCCGGCUUUACAAGCAUCUUAAUGAAACCAUAUGUCUCUCCGACGAGGAAAUCUGGGAACCGAUCUUCCGAUCUCUGCUCACCAACGGGCUCGAUCUCGAGCGCAUUUCUCGUGUCUGGGACUGCUGGGUUUUUGAAGGCGACCGCAUCAUGAUCCGUGCCGCAGUCGCCGUCCUCGGUACUCUGCAAGGGCAGCUGUUCACUUUCCAGCAGCCGGAUGACCAAACCCGCACCAACGUGCGCAAUAUCCUAGGCUGGGGCCCUCGCCAUCUCGGCGCGAAUAAACAGAAGCCCAAAGAACGCCAUAGCGCCCAGACAGUUGCAGGUUUCGGCGGUGGUCAGGUUUCCAAUCCCGAAGAGGUCGAUUAUUGGAUUCUCACUGCAGCAGGCAACGAAGACGGCUUCAUGGCUGCAGUAAGGGAAGCAGGAAAGGUACGACAAUAG